AUGAAUUCUUAUGAUCAUAGAGAGAAUGUAAAUAAGGUGUGGAUCACUGUCUUACCGAAGCUAGAUCGGCAAGAACAUUAUGAUCAAGGUCCUUACGCCGUCAUUUUUGCUCGAACUAGAGGGUUGACCAGCAGAUUGAAGAAGAAACGAACAAGUUUGGAGAAUUGUCGAAGAUUCGAACUGUUUCUGUUAUCGGAGCGUUAUCACGUACUUCGAGUAUUGGCUUUUCAUGUGGUGAUUGCUACAACUGGACGUCUUCUCGACGUUCUGGAAAAUAGAUAUCUUUUGCUAAACCAAUGCUCAUACGUAAUUUUUGAUGAGGCGGACCGAAUGCUUGAUAUAGGUUUUGAACCCGAAAUGCAAAAGGUCUUGGGAUAUUUGCCUGUAUCUAAUCAAAAGCCUGACACCGAUGACAUAGAGCAUGAAGAAGCUCUGAUGAAUAACUUUGCGACAAGGGAGAAAUAUCGCCAGACUGUCAUGUUCACUGCCACGAUGUCACCUGCUAUCGAGCGAUUGGCUCGUGCUUAUUUACGGCGUCCUGCAGUGGUUCACAUCGGAUCCGCUGGACGACCAACUGAAAGAGCGGAACAGAUCGUUUACAUGAUAACAGAGGACAAAAAGGAGAAGAAGCUGGUUGAAGUGUUGGAACAACACUUCGAUCCUCCAAUCAAUAUUUUUGUCAAUCAAAAGAAGGUAGAAUAA